CUGGGGCUAUAACAAUGCUAUUGUUUGAUCGUAACUUUGAAACAUCGUACUUAGAUCCGCUAGGUGGUGACGGGAUAACUGGAAUAGUGUUGUCUGCUUUAAGUUUGGAUAUUAGUUUACACGAUUCGUGGUUUGUUGUUGCCCACUUUCACUACGUGUUGUCACUUGGUUCUUAUAGUACUGUUAUAUAA